AUGGACUUCACCAUGCCAGGAUCGUUCAUCUUUCCUUCUCGCAAAGAGCAAAGAGCAGAUCUUUCCGGUGAAGACAAAGAAAAUAAGACACCAACCAAAUCAGAUGGCUUCAAGUUCAACACCUCUCUGUUUGAUUUAAAGGCUCCACUAUACCCCAGUCUGGACCCCAAGAAGAGCUCUGAGAGUACGGGCUUCAGCUUCAACAGCGGCAUUUUCACUAAAACGUACCCAACCAAUGUCACAAAGAGCGUUCUUGAAGAGCUCAACACCAGAGUCAAACAAGUGGAAAAUACAGCUAUACAAAAUAGUCCACGAGCCCAGAGAGCGCACAGAAGAAAGAGCUCGAGAUUCUCGUCUGCUCACCAGACCAAGUUCAAAAGAAUGGACUCUAUAGCAUCUCACUAUGCUGCCAGCAGAAAGACUCCCGCUUCAUUUUCAGCAAACGGGACAAUAGAGACAGGUCACAGAGCAGUCAUUGAGAAUGUUCAUCAACGAAACGAGAUGAAAAACUGCGACAACUCCAAGAGGAAUAACGUCUCUCAACUGGAGAGCGCUGCUAAGAGAAGAAGAACCAACAUGGGUGCAACCCAAGAAGUGACCGCUGCCGCUCCUGUGAAAUCAGUGGAAAACGAACCACAGUCAAGAAUAACUAGACCCGCAAUUACUUCUGCAAGAAAGGCUCAGCCGCUAAGAACUCGACUGUCCUCUCCCUCAACUUCUGCUCCAACCAGAAUCUCGAGAUCGACAACCAUGCAGGCCAUAUCCACUCCGGGAACGAAAAGACCAACUCUCUCAAAUUCGGUUUCUUCAGCCAGCCUGAAACUCCAAACCGAACCGAGAUUGCCACGGUGCUCAACUUCUUCGAGACUAUCUACGCUAUCGCAAGCAAAACCCAGAGACGGUGAAAGAACCCAAGCAAGACCGUUUCUCACCCGGGAAGCCUCUUCGGCCUCCAUCAGAAGACCAUGGAGAUGA